AUUCUUCCUGUUUUGAGAUUGAGUUACAAUGAUCUUCCUUCUUACUUGAAGCAAUGCUUUGCAUAUUGUGCUUUGUUCCCUAAAAAGUAUGAAUUUGACAAAAUGAAGUUAGUUAAAUUGUGGAUGGCUGAGGGCCUAUUACAAUCGUCACAAGAAAAUGAGCAAAUGCCAGAGGAGAUUGGUCUCCAAUAUUUCCAAGAGUUGUUAUCAAGGUCACUCUUUCAACCGUCAAGUAGAGUUGAAUCGCAGUUUGUGAUGCAUGACCUCAUAAAUGAUUUAGCUAUAGCUGUUGCUGGAGAAAUACAUUGCAAUCUUGACCGCAGCAUGGGUGAUGGAAAAUUAAAGAAAGCUCGUCAUUUGUCAUUUACUCCACACUUAUUUGAACUCCCAAAAAGAUUCGAAGUCUUGGAAAAAUUGAAGCAUUUGAGAACAUUCUUGUCACUAAGAGCAUCCAAUUACUACUAUGUCUCUUAUUUGUCUAACAGAAUCUUGCAUGAUUUCUUGCCAACUUUAAAUCGCUUAAGAGUGCUAUCUCUUAACAAUUAUGAGAUAAGUAAGCUACCAGAUUUUGUUGAAAAGUUGAAACAUAUUCGGUACAUUGAUUUGUCUUGUACAAAAAUCAAAUGUCUACCUGAAUCAGUGGGUUCUCUUCUCUUCUUGCAAACAUUGUUAUUAUCUGGUUGUAAAGAGUUUACUGAGUUGCCUACAACGAUGGGAAAUCUAAUUGAUCUCCAUCAUCUUGAUAUCACUGAUACGCCAUCUUUAAAGGAGAUGCCAUCAGAAAUAGGCAAUCUUAAAAAUCUUGUAACACUGCCCAAAUUUAUUGUGGGGAAGGCAAGUGGAACGAUGAUGAGAUUAUCUGCUUUGAAGAACUUGUCAAAACUUCAAGGAAGACUGUCUAUUCUAGAUCUGGGAAAUGUUUUGCAUGUUCAAGAUGUUGUGGAGGCCAAUCUAGACAAGAUCCCUGGUUUGAAAGAGUUAGACUUGCAGGGGUGUUGGACUGCUCCCGAUGAUGAUCGAGAUGAAUCAAUACUCAGCUGCUUAAACCCUCAUUCAAAUUUGAAAAGUCUUAGAAUUUCUAGCUAUGGUGGCAGGUGUUUCCCAAACUGGGUUUGUGAUCCAUUAUUAUUUUUGAAUUUAUCAUCCAUGGAGCUUGGGCCUUGUCGUAGAUGCACUUUGUUACCAUCACUUGGCCGACUACCUGUUCUCAAAGAAUUGUUUCUUCAUCGGAUGGAGGGAAUAGAAGUUGUAGGUUCUGAGUUUUAUGGGGGACAAGGUUGUUUUCCAUCAUUGGAGGAAUUGAUGUUUACAAGCAUGGACAAUUGGAAGGAAUGGACUUCUCCAAAUGGAACUGAAGGUGAUUUCCCUCGUCUUCGUAGGCUUGUGAUUAAUCAUUGCCCUAAGUUGUUAGGCCAAUUACCUAGCAACCUUUCUUCACUUAAAGAGUUGGAUGUUUGUGGUUGCAAUGGGAUGCUUUUGAAGAGUACGGUUGAUCUCACUUCACUCACUAAAUUUGAAAUUAUGAAAAUUUCAGAACUGACUUGCUUGCCAAAGAGUUUAAUACAGGCCUUGACAACACUUGAGACUCUGUCUAUUGUAUGGUGUCAGGAUCUUACUUGUCUGUGGGAGGAAGGGGCAGAAAUAGAACAAAACCUCUUGCCUUUCAAUCUUAAGCAUCUUAGCCUUUGGGGAUGUAGAGCUUUGGAGUCAUUACCCGAUGCAAUUAUGAUGAGGAUGGAUGAAAGCAGUAGCAGCAACAGUACUAUGUUGAUGUCGAGACUGGAAACGUUGAAAAUUUAUAGUUGUCCUUGUCUCAAGUCUUUUCCAAGAGGCAAAUUACCCUUCUCGCUUAAACACUUGAGCAUAGAAUACUGUGAAAUUCUUGAGUCUCUACCAGAUAUUGAUGGUGACAAUAAUAAUAGCAAUCUACAUUUGGAAAUAGCAAAUGUUCCAUGUUUGUAUUCUUGUGAGGAUUGUGAUCAGCUACCAGUUUUUCUCAAGAAAUUUAAAGUUUGGGACUGUGAAUGGUUGGAAUCCUUUCCAGAUAGGAUGUUGCAGCAUUGUACUAGACUCCAAUCUAUUAAAAUUUAUGACUGUAAAAUAUUGAAAAGUAUGCCCAACUUUGAUUGCGUCAACAAUCUCGUUGAAUUAUUUAUUUACCGUUGUGAAGUUUUAGGGUCAUUACCAGAAGAGUUGGGGUUAUACACCCCCAAUCUGAAGGAUUUGAAAAUAAUCAACUGUAUGAAUUUCAAAUCCCUCCCAAAUACGAUGUACCAGCUGAAAUCUCUUGGAAGGCUAGAGAUGGGAGACUGUCCCGGCAUCGAGUUCAUUCCAGAUAGGGGUUUGCCCCUAAACUUAAAAGAGCUUCUAUUACGGUGUAAGAAUCUCAAGCGGCUGCCGAAUACAAUGUACCAGCUCACAUCGCUUCGGAAUCUAGUAGUCGCAGGUGGGGCUUUGAUGUCUCUUCAACGGUUGGCAAUUGAGCAGAAAUUCCCUCAGGAUAUUGUGCUGCCUUCUUCUUUAACCUGGCUUCAUAUGGAGUCUGAAGAAAAUUUGGAAUCCAUACCUGGGGGGCUCUUCCAAAAUCUAAGCUCCCUUCAAAAGUUAUCGAUACGUAACUGCCCGAAGCUACAAUCUUUGCCGAGGGAAGCCUUCCCUCCCUCGCUUGGGCGACUAUACAUCCGCGAGUGUCCGCAUCUAAAACGACAGCGCUUUGAGGAGAAAGGAGACUACUGGACUCUCACAUGUAGCAUCCCAAACGUUCAGAUAUAUGAGGAUAAGGAUCCUUUUGUGAGCUAGCUACAACCAAUUGUUGAGGUAAACAAAGCCAAGCCACUCCGACUAGUACUUCAUUUAUUCCCUGGAUUCAUCAGUUGUAUAUUAUUAUAUACUAUUUAUUGUCCACCUUAAAUUUAUUUUCCUUUGAAAACAUGCAUGCAUUCACUUGCCUCAAAAAUGGCUUACGCUUUCAGAUUAUUUUGAAAAGGGAUGAGUGGUUGGCCUUGGCAUUAUGGAAAUUCAAAACGACCAAGGAGCUCACUGCUUGCAAAAUGAUGUUCUUAGGCAAGCCAACCAAUUUCAAUUUUAAAUUCAAUUAUUGCAGGAGCUAAUGUUUUCCAUUUUGCAGAAUUGGGAAGAUUUUUGAAACAAGGAGUUGCUGAGGUUGAAAUGAGGUUUUUCUGUAAGCGAGAACUAGAAUGUGGAUGACCUUUGCUGAAUUAAGCAAGCUUUUAAUUUGACUAAAUCAAGUUGCAGUUUUACAAGUUUUUUAUUCAGGAAAGCAGAACUUACCCUUCAAGUAUAGGAUUAAUUAAAAGGUUGAUCUAAGAUUCCAAGAUUUCAAGUUCAAGCCUCCCUUUUUAGGCAAGAUAUUUCUUCGACAAGUAGGUCCUGGAUGCUUUGACAUUAAUGUUGCCUUUCAUAUGGGAGAUGAUGCUUCGAGGAUGAUGAGUCAGAAAUGAAUGAUCCAACUUUGUACUGUGUUCCCUCUAUAUUCAUCCUAAGUCACAUCCAAGAUUGCAGCACAAACACUGCUGCUUUAUCCGCUGCUUUACCUAAGAAUGGGCUGACUUGGAAAGCAGCUUCAAGAUCUAACAAGUUGAUGAAAAAUGGUGGUGUUCACAAAUCUGUCGUAGUUGCUGGCUUGCAGCUAUAAUCUUCUACCCUGCAAAGAAUGCCCUCUCUGGGAAGGACAUGGAUUUUCUUUGAGUUUCUCUAGUAACUUCCCUUGAUCAAUUCUCUAAAUCAAGGACAAUUCGAGGAUAUAUAUAAAGGUGGAUGGCGUAAAGCUUCGAGGCAGCAUUAUGCACAAAUCAUUUCGAGGAUUCUUGUGUUGUAUCUAUCCAUCCAUCUGGUGUUAAGAAAACUCUUCAUGAACGCAUACAUGAACUGCAUGGAGCUGGGACUUUGGAUGUAUUAAGUCAGUGGAGCUUUGAAUAACAGCUGGUGGCUGGUUUUGAUCAACAUUGCAAAAACAGUGCAGAGGCUAUGAGAGUGAGUUGCAACAGCAAUAGGAAGGUUAGUAGAGGAGUCAUGGUUUUACUCGAUGUCAACAGUGAUUUGGUCUCCAAUUCCUCUUGGUACACAAUCAGCACACUUUAUGAGAUUCCCAAUUUGAUUGGGGAUUUAGACUUCUAGCUUUAUUUUGGUAAUGAUUAAUACAUUAGUGAUCCAACAAUUUUAUUCUUAAUGACUUCUUGUUGUGUACAACCUCUAGCAUUUCCUAAAGUAGAGGACACCUUGUAAUAAUGCUAUUUUUAAAGUGUGUGUCUCUUACUGGAUUAGAUUCCGUGGUUUUUUCCACUAAAGGAAUUAUCACAUUAAAAACUCUAGUGUCUUGAUUUUGUGGAUAGAGAAGAAUACAAGUUGAAUGUAUUAUAUACGCAAAUUGGUUUUUGAUCCAUGAAUCCCCAAAAGCUAGAAAAGCUUGCUUUUUUCUUUGUAAUACCUCUUCAAAUUCAAUUUAUUAGCUGUGCUGGAUGAAUUUUUUGGUGGUAGACCAUAAUUGAACUUGAGUAUACCUUCAACCCAAAGACGGCUUUAGGAUUUGAUUCAUAUACAUAUUUUUGAACUCAAUUGAAUAAAACAUAUGAUUGUUG